GUUUUGACAAACUUCACACCUAUAAAAAUGACAUAAAACCUUGUUGCACAUUUAUGUUCCACAACAAUAUGACAUUUACUUUGAGCUUUAUAGGAACUCCUUUUACAACAAGGUUAGCCUCAUUUGUGUCUUGUUGCUAAAACGUUGCUACAGUCCAGAAGCAACCUUUCACUUAACUCAUCCAUUCCUCCGUUUAUCUUCUGUGCUUUUCAGUUCAUUUGACUGAUGCACCAUGAGGGGAACUUGUAAUUGGCUGCCUAACCAGACUAGCCAACGACAAAAAAAAAAAAAAAAAGUCCCCCAGAAUCUGAUAAGGCCUAUAAAACACAGUCAAAGCAUCAGUCAGACACCAGAGGUGAUCCACAUCAAGAAGAACCAGGAUGGAGCAUUACUUUGUAUUCCUUUUGCUGGUUGGAGGUGCUGCAUCAAACACUAUUGAGAAGAGGAUUCUUGGGAGUGAAUCCUGUGGCAAGAACCGGCAGUACCACGUCCAGAUAGAAUCCGCUCAGGGCGGGAAGUCCUGUGGAGGCGCUCUGCUCAACACCCGCUGGGUCAUCACAGCUUCUCACUGUGCAGAGCAGACAGUCAAAGUGAAGCUCGGCGUAAACAACGAUGUGUCCAUUUUUACAAAAGCCGUCUCCUGGUUCAAAGGCAACUCCAAAAAACACGAACAAACUAUUCUGGCCAAACAGCAGCACACCUUCAAAGAUGAAGAAGGAAAUGCCCAUGAUAUUAUGCUCAUCCAGCUGAAUGAGGACAUGUCAGCCAAACUUCCUGCCAUCAGCCUCCCUUCAGGAGAAUGCACAAAGCUAGAGCCAAAAACAAAAGUGCAGAUUGGAGGAAUGGGAGCAAAGGCAAAAGGCGGUAAACCGGUUAAAGAGGUGAGAUGUGCCACCACAGAGAUCUCUGAGUGUGGAGAGGAUGAUAAACCUGACAGUAAAUACAGCAGCGGUGAAUCUACAAUCUGUGCCUUCAAACCUGGAGUGGAGUCCUGCUUUGGCGAUGCAGGCUCAGCUGUGGAGUACGAUGGACAUCUACAAGGAAUUAUUGUUAGCCAGCCUGUGGAUACAUGUGCUAAGACCAUUGUAAUGCUGGACAUCUGUCAGUACAUGGAGUGGAUUGGUAAAACAAUGAAGGAGAACUGAUGAGUACGUUCCAGAUAUAUCUUGUUUAAUAAUUAAAAUAACUACCGUAUUUACCUAUUUAUUUGAGCUUAUUAGUCAAACUGCAGCCUUAGUGUGUUUAUUUUGAUGUGCUUUUCAAAUAUUUCAAAAGUAUGACUUAAGACUAUAGCAAAAUACAGUUGUUUUGUCCAGCUGCCCAUUUUACAACCACUCAUCUCCAUAAAUAAAAAGAUAAAACUAUCAAAACUUCA